ACUGUUUCUCUUCAUAGACUGCAGUUCCAAGUUUCUCUUGAUACAAACAGGAAGUAUUUCUCAGGUACAACAACAGAGUGUCAGUGCUGGAUGUGAGGAUGGGACACACUUUUCUGUGUGUGCUGUUGUUGACCUUGUUGGAUACACUCCUCUACUGUGGACAUGCUCAAGAUAAACCCAGGGCCACACUGACAUCAGGACCAACAACCAUACCAGUAGGAGGCAGAGUGACACUGACCUGCUCUGUGGAGCCCUCUGCUGGAUGGAAAUAUGAGUGGUUCAGACGUAGCACAGACACCUCUGAAGUUCAAGUCAUAACAAAUGAUGGAGAAAACAGAGUUAUCAGUGUAUCACAAGGAGGAAUCUACCGGUGCAGAGGAAGAAGAGGAAGAAGAGGAAAACCAGUUUACUACACUGAUCACAGUGAUCCAGUCACCAUUGAGAUAACCUUUCCCAACAAGGCUGUUGUAACACAACAACCCAACUGGCCUCAGAUAUUCAGAGGUGAGAAGAUCACUCUGACAUGUGAGGUCCAGGGAGGUGAAGACACUGAGUGGAUAUAUGACUGGAGAAAACCCAGGUCAUCUACACACUGGACAGACAAUAAAUACUGGACUUUCACUGCUUCUGAGUCCAGCAGUGGAGACUACAUGUGUAGGAGUAGACUCAGAGAUGACUCAUAUUCUUCUACAGAGUGGAGUGAAGCCAUCACACUGUCAGUAUCUGAUAAACAACCUGUCCUCUCUGUGUCUCCAUCGUAA